GGCUGGCAUGGGGCUGGGGGGGUCCGUGCAUGGCAUCCCUCCUCUCCCAGCACUCAGUUACCCUGUGGCAUCUGGUGUGUUGUGGGGAUGGCAACCCCUGCAGAAGCUGCACUCUGGUCCCAACCCAUGGGAGUGGGACUGCCUGUUCUUUUCUGAUGGGGCACUUGAGGCAUAGAGGAACAGUGUGGCAGAGUGGCUCAGCUGGGCCCAGCAUAGCUCUGGGAGGGACGCAGUGUCCAGCACAGGAUGGUGGCAGGAUGCAGGUUGCCAUCUGCAUGUGGAGUUGUCAGGCUGUGGGUGGGGCUCGGUUUGGAGGGGAUAAGGAGCAUGUAGGUACAUGUGGAGGGUGCAGCUGCGUCAGGAUGUAGGGCUACUGUUGGGGUAUUAUUGUCAAUAACUGAGGACCGUUUGGCCAUCUGUGUGCCAGCUCGGGUGGGUGCGCAUGGCCGUGCAUGAUGCUAAGCAAGUGUGGAGGCAAGCCACGCCAGGGGAGGGCAGCCGCGGGUGCAGAGUGGUUCAGGCGGCACCAGGUGUGCGUCAGGUGGAGGCAGGGGAGUGGGCCAGUGGGUGCCGCCGGCUGCGUGGGGCCAGUGGGUGCCGCCGGCUGUGCGGCGCCAGUGUGUUUGCGCACGUGCGGCCAGGCGGGGCGGUAGCUGCGGGGGUGCGCGGAAAGUGACGUGCGCCUGGUGGGCGGCUGUGGUUAUGCAGGUGGCGGGAGGUGCGCGGGGUGCUGGAGGCUGAGCCUGUGUGGUCCCAGGGUGCACGUGAGAGUCGUCACUGCCCGUGCAUGAGCCUGGGUGCAUGUUGGGUGCAUCCCUGGGGCUUGCGGGGUUGGAUGUGCGUGACGCUGGAGCACACGGCUGGGGCAGUUGGGGGUCUUUGUCACCUGCCGUGUCGUGGGGGCUGGGCGGGGAACUGUGACCCCUCCCAGAAUGGGGGGGGUUCCCUGUCAGGACUCUGCUUGCCCAUCUUGGAGACAAGGUUGUGGUGUUACACCUUGUACCUGUGGGUCUAUCAUGGAAGGGGAAAUGGAGGCACUGAGCUCUCCCCUGCACAAUGGACAAGCCUGGAUCUCCCUGCUCCCGUUUGGAGACCAGUGCUCCCAGUGCAGGUGUUGAGCUGGGCAGCCUCCCCUGGGGUUUAGAAGGUAAUCUGGGGUGCAGGAGGCAGCACACCACCCCUGGCGGGUGCUAGUAUCAGCUGAGCAGGAUGAUGCACCACCGCAGGGCAGGGAACCCCCUGCAUCCCCACUGUCCCCUGGCCCAGAGAGGGGGAAGCUGGCGCGUGGCAGAGGUUGGUGCCGAGGGCACCAUGCCCGGGUGUUCCCAGUCAAUGGGCUUGUUGUGCCGGGUGCUUGUGCUGCUGGGUGCCAGCUGGGAUCUCGGGGGUGGAAGCCACAAGGGGAGGCUCCUCUGCACCUGGGGAUGUGCUUAACCUCCUUCCAGCUGCCCCCUCAGCGCAGCGGUGGCUGCAGUUUAAGGGGGGGCGUGCUGGCGGGGGCCGUAGCAAAAGGUUGCUGCGGGUCUUUCCUCUCUCACGCCGCGACUGCCGGCGCGGCCAGCUGUUCUCCCUGGGGAGCCCAUGGGCGGUCAACAGCGCUGGUUUUGGGUGCCAGCCCUGCCAAGGAAGGGGACCGAGCCCCAGGGUGCUGGUGGCACCCCAUGGCAGAGUCCUGCGGGAGCUGGCAGCUGGGCAGCGGGUGCUUGUGCUGAGCCAGACGCUCCCCCCGCAGUGCCCAUUCCCCUGGCAUCGUGCCUGCGGCCUCGGUUGGGGAGCGGAGAGCCGGAUGUUUCCUCUCCCUCCCUCCCUCCCUUCCCGCUUCCUGGGGGGGAAACUGAGGCCCGGGAGCGUUUCCCAAGGCCGGGGCGAGUUUCCAUGGAAAUGGGAGCGAGGGUCCAGGCUCCCAGCUGCCGGCGCCCGCCGAACAAGGGAGAAAGCGGCACAUUGAUGGGAGCCCGGCCCCCUGGGCGUGCGUCCCAGCCCCAGCCGAAAAUAACCCCUCCCGGGGAGCGCUGCGCAGGCAGCCAGCCGGGACCGAGUCCCGCUGCCGGCCGUAGGUCCCCAAGAAACAGCUCCAGCCAGGGUGGGUAACCUCCAGCCCUGCCGGCCCCCGCCCCGUUGCGCUGGGGAAGGGGAGGGCCGGCCGGGAGUGUUGAGAGCCGGACGGAAGGAGGGGGAGAGCCGCAGCCUGUGUCCGGCCGACGGACGCCCCAAGCUCUGCUGCCUGCUCCCGGGGGUAUGUGGGGCAGCCGGGCCCGGGGGGGCAUCUCUGUAGCCAAGCUGAUGGGGCUGCGGGUGCCCCGACUGCACUGAGCGGGCUCUGUCGUGGGACGUCAGCACUGGGAAAGGGACAUCAGCGGUGCCAGGGGCCGCGGCGGGCAGCCAGGCAGGAUGCGACGCUUCCAGGCUUUGCACCGAUCCUUCCCCUUCCUCACCCGCUUCCGCCUCUACCGAAGGCUGAGCUGUAGCAUGCAGGCGGAGGAGGGGACGGACUGGCUGCUGGAGCUGCUCACUGAGCUGCAGCUGCAGCAGUACUUCCUUCGCAUCCGGGACGAGCUCAAUGUCACCCGCCUUUCCCAUUUUGAGUAUGUCAAAAAUGAGGAUCUGGAGAAGAUUGGCAUGGGACGCCCUGGCCAGCGGAGGCUAUGGGAAGCAGUGAAGCGGAGGAAGGCCAUGUGCAAGAGGAAAUCCUGGAUGAGCAAGGUGUUCAGCGGGAAGCGCCCCGAGUCGGACAUGGCACCUCAGCCCCAGAGCACCUUCCGCAAGCCCCCCACGCCACCACCCCUUGAAACAGGGGGCCAGCACUCCCUCACCUGCCUGGUGCGGGAGCGAGACCUCUCCCUCUUUGAGAAGCUGGGCGAUGGCUCCUUCGGCGUCGUGCGUCGCGGCGAGUGGUGCACACCUGCUGGCAGGACGCUGAAUGUGGCGGUGAAGUGCCUCAAGACAGAUGUGCUGAGCCAGCCGGAGGCACUAGAUGACUUCAUCCGGGAGGUGAAUGCCAUGCACUCCCUGGACCACAGGAACCUCAUCCGCCUCUAUGGUGUGGUGCUCUCCCACCCCAUGAAAAUGGUGACGGAGCUGGCCCCUCUGGGCUCCCUCCUGGACCGCCUGCGGAAGAACCAGGGCCAUUUCCUCAUCUCCACCCUCUGCCAGUAUGCCAUCCAGGUGGCCAAGGGCAUGGCCUACCUGGAGUCCAAGCGCUUCAUCCACCGUGACCUGGCUGCCCGCAACAUCCUAUUGGCCUCAAAUGAUCUGGUCAAGAUUGGGGACUUUGGACUGAUGCGAGCCUUGCCCAAAAAUGACGACCACUACGUGAUGCAGGAGCAUCGCAAGGUCCCCUUUGCCUGGUGUGCUCCUGAGAGCCUGAAAACACGCACCUUCUCUCAUGCCAGUGAUACCUGGAUGUUUGGGGUGACCCUUUGGGAGAUGUUCACUUAUGGGCAGGAGCCUUGGAUUGGUCUUAAUGGCAGCCAGAUCCUGCACAAGAUAGAUAAAGAGGGUGAGCGUCUGCCACGACCUGAGGACUGUCCCCAGGAUGUCUACAACGUCAUGCUGCAGUGCUGGGCGCACAAGCCCGAGGACCGACCUACUUUCGUGGCCCUGCGGGACUUCUUGGUGGAGGCUCAGCCCACAGACAUGAGGGCACUGCAGGACUUCGAGGAGCCUGACAAGCUGCACAUCCAGAUGAACGACAUCAUCACGGUCAUCGAGGGCAGGGCUGAGAAUUACUGGUGGCGGGGUCAGAAUAAGCGGACCCUAAAAGUGGGCCAGUUCCCCCGAAACACGGUGACCUCGGUGGCAGGGCUGUCGGCCCACGACAUCAGCCAGCCGCUUAAAAACAGCUUCAUCCACACAGGCCAUGGAGAUACCAACCCACAGCACUGCUGGGGGUUUCCUGAUAAAAUUGAUGAGCUGUACCUGGGAAAUCCCAUGGAUCCUCCUGAUAUUUUAGGUGUGGACCCGAGUGCUGCCAGACCAACCCAGCUUCCAGGCAGGGCUAAAAGGCAGCCGCCUCCGCGCCCGCCUCAGCCUACCGUCCUCCUCACCAAGCCCUGCUACGACCCAGUCAGCGAGGAGGAGGAGGGUCUGCCCGGGGGUCUCCGGAAGCUCUGCUUGAAGAAGCCAGGUGCAGGGAAGGGUCUGCGGCCAGUCAAGCCAUCGGCACGAGUACCAGGCACCAAAGUGGGCGAGCGGCAACCCAGCCGGCCCCUGAGUGAGGGACCAGGGGGUGGUGAGGUAACCCUCAUUGAUUUUGAGGAGGAGGUGCCCCAAGGUAGCCCAUCACCAGUCGGGGAGCUGACGGCUCCAUCGUUGGCUAAGCUGGCCAUGGAGGCCUUCUCCUUGCUGGACAAGACCCCACCACAGAGCCCCACGCGAGCUCUACCCCGGCCCCUCCACCCCACACCGGUGGUGGACUGGGAUGCCCGCCCCUUGCCCCCACCACCUGCCUAUGAUGACGUAGCACAGGACGAGGAUGACUUUGAGGUCUGCUCCAUCACCAGCCCCCCAAGUCGAAGGGGCAAGACCAACUACGGCUUUGUGGAUGAAGGCGAGCGAGCACCACCGCUGGAGGACAACCUUUUCUUGCCCCCCAAGGAGACCAAGCAGCCCAGCCUGACGCAGACCACUGAGCUCUUUGAGGAGCUGCAGCAGGAAUGUAUGAAGAGGCUCAACGUCCCCCUGGGACCAGCUGGCCCCACGGAUGACAAGCCCCAAAUCCCACCCCGAAUCCCCAUCCCACCCCGGCCCCUACGCCGCAAUGAGCCUGGACGCUGGUCGGGGGAGCUUUCUCCAGCCUCAGGGGGCGAGGAAGAUCGGCCUCCCCAGAUUCCCCCUCGGGACCCACUGUCACAGCCCACCUCCCGAACACCCAGCCCCAUGGCUCUGCAGGUGGGCUCCCCCCAGCAACGUGCCGCCCUCUGCUCUUACCUUUCCACCUCACCAGGAAAGCCAAUGCCCACCACACAGAGCUUUGCCCUUGACCCCAAGUAUGCCACCCCCAAGGUCAUCCAGGCACAGGGCAAGGAUUGCUCUAAGGGACCUUGCAUCCUUCCCAUCGUGAAGGAUGGGCAGAAGGUCAGCAGCACCCACUACUACCUGCUGCCUGAGCGUCCUGCCUACCUGGACAAGUACGAGAAGUUUUUCAAGGAGGCCAAAAGUCCUGAGGAGGUUCCAGCAUCCCGCCUGGUCACCACAGCCACCGUCCGUCCCAUGGUGCAGCAGCCGCCACCAGACUGCAAGGCCAACUUCUCCUCUAACAACAGCAACCUCGGGCCCAAGUGCCUGGUGAAAGCCUCCUGCAGCCUUCAGAAGAUUGUCUACGAUGGGCCAGAUGGCUGCCGCUUUACUGAUAGGAUCCGGCUGGUGCAGGAUACAGUGCAUGGUGUGACCACUGAGGAGUGCCAGGCAGCCCUGCAGAACCAUGGCUGGAGUGUCCAACGAGCCAUCCAGUACCUGAAGGUGGAGCAGCUCUUCUGCCUGGGGCUGAGGUCCCGUGUUGAGUGCCACCGGGUGCUGGAGAUGUUCGACUGGAACCUUGCCCAGGCCAGCUCCCACCUUCUUGAGCCCUUCAGCACUGCCCGCCAGAAGCGGUGACAGCGGGGAUGGGGCAAGCUGCAUUGGAUCAGGAGCAGGCAUCUCACCGUGGGUCCAUGCACCUGGUGCCCACCUUCACCCACAACCUGCUGCUGGACUCUGGACUGAGCCCCUCUUUAGGGGAUGGGGACACCUCAAAAAGGAGCCUGCCCAGCUCCCCAGACUUUGCCAAGGUGCCUGCACCCUGGCAUCAUCAAUGGACUCCGUCCCCUGGCCCCUUCUUGAAUUGUUUUUGUAAAGAGAAAUGUAAUUUUAAUAUAUAUUAUAUAUAUAUAAAAAAAUAUUCUAUGGAGAGGA